CUGCGCCUUGCGGAACCCCGCGGCCGCCGGGCAGCCCCCCAAGACGUUCGCCUUCGACGGGGCGUACCGGCAGGAGCACGGCACCGAGCAGAUCUACAACGAGGUCGCCUACCCGCUCGUCGAGCAGGCCACAGAGAACAGAAUUGCACUGAAUUGUUCCAGAUUGUCUCAGGCAGGUAUUCGUAUGAAAGACAACCUCCCUGAGCAGGCCCAAGGGAUGGUAGCUGACCAGGAAGUGCAGCACUCUUCUCCCUUUCCAGCAGGUACAAACACAAUGCUUUUAGGGACGUUUUUACUGUCUAGCAAGAACCCUUAGCGAAGACAGGGAAUCUCAGCCUGUUGUAGAAUAGCAAAGUGAAAGCUGAAGGGGGUUGUGUUUGUUGCCUGUUAACUCAUAAGCAGGGCAACCAGCUGAGGUAAUGAAAGAAACAGUCAAGAAAGGAAAAAAAAAAAACAACAACAACAACAACAACAAAUGAAGAACCCCAAACAAAAAAAAAGCCAGCCAGUGUUGUUAGAAGAAACACCAGGGAUAAAAUAGCCAGUGGUAAUUUUAAGAUGGAAGUUCCAAAUAUCUUCUGUUCUUACCAUGGUUCUCUGAAAUAGGAACAAAUGAAAGCGAUGCCUACAUUCAGGCAGCUUUCCAGGAGAAAAGGAUACUAAGCUAGAUACCAUCCUUUUGGCUACCCUGCAGUCAGCUGGCGUCCUCGUUGUCUCUCUGAAUUUCUUAAGAUUUUCUGCCCUAUGGCAAAACUGUUCUGGUCGUCUAAGCAUUGUCAGCCACGCUUCUGUUUUUCAACAUCUGCGUUUCUUCAAGGUUUCUAUUAUGAGCGCAAACUGACAACUUAUAUGGUAAUAGAAUGAAUUUUAUUAUCAUUUUCUGAUGGCCUAUUAGGAUUUUUCUCGUGCUCUAGUUUUGUACCCUUUCAUCUUUCCAUUUCAGGGAUGUGUCUAACCAAGUUCUUGCUCAAGAAACCGAGGACUUCAACAGCAAUUUCAAAAAGUGUCUCAGAGAGCUGGAUUUCAUUCACCUCCAGGGUGUCACUGAAGGUUACAAUGGCACCAUAUUCGCCUAUGGCCAGACUGGCAGUGGGAAGUCAUUUACCAUGCAGGGAGUCGUGGAGCCUUCUGCAGAGAAAGGCAUAAUACCCAGAGCAUUUGAACACAUUUUUGAGAGCAUCCAGUGUGCUGAAAAUACCAAGUUCUUGGUGAGAGCUUCCUACCUGGAGAUUUACAAUGAAGACAUACGAGACCUUCUAGGAGCUGAUACCAAGCAGAAGUUGGAGCUGAAGGAGCACCCGGAGAAGGGGGUGUACGUGAAGGGGCUUUCUCUGCACACUGUGCACAGCGUGGUCCAGUGCGAGCGGAUCAUGGAGACGGGCUGGAGGAACCGAGCAGUGGGUUACACCCUCAUGAACAAGGACUCAUCCCGCUCCCACUCCAUCUUCACCAUCCAUAUGGAAAUCUGCACCGUAGAUGAGAGAGGGCAAGACCAUCUUAGGGCUGCAAAACUCAAUUUAGUGGAUCUGGCAGGAAGUGAGAGACAGUCAAAAACUGGAGCCACAGGGGAGCGGCUCAAAGAGGCCACCAAAAUCAACCUGUCCCUCUCUGCUCUGGGCAAUGUCAUCUCAGCCCUGGUCGACGGCAGGUGCAAACACAUCCCCUACCGCGACUCAAAGCUGACCAGGCUGCUGCAAGACUCCCUUGGAGGGAAUACCAAGACCCUGAUGGUAGCAUGCUUAUCUCCAGCUGAUAACAACUAUGACGAAAGUCUCAGUACUCUGCGCUAUGCUAAUCGAGCAAAAAACAUCAAGAACAAGCCCUGUAUCAAUGAGGACCCCAAAGAUGCUCUGUUGAGGGAGUAUCAGGAGGAGAUUAAAAAGCUGAAAGCCAUUCUAGCUGAACAGAUGAACGUGAAUAACUUGUCAGGCCUGCUACCUGCCGAGACUGCUUGCUUGGAAGUGAAGCCAGCUCCCCCCCUCAAACCCCAGCUAGAUGUUGAAGCAGAAAAGCAGCUGAUCAGAGAAGAGUACGAGGAGAGGCUGGCCCAGCUAAAGGCCAGCUACGAGGCAGAGCAGGAGUCCCGUGCCCGCCUCGAAGAGGACAUCAGUAACCUGAGGAAUUGCUAUGAUCUCAAGCUGUCUGCUCUCGAGGAGAACCUCAGGAAGGAAGCAGUUGCCAUGAGGACUGAAACUGCUCCUGAAGACUCUGUUGCUGCAGCGGAUGGAGAACCAACAUCAGUCAAGGACCCAGCAGUGCCUCAGACUGUCCAAGGUGCUGGUAGUGUGAGCAGGGGGAGUGCUGGAGCAGAGGUGGCUGUCACCAUGGAGGGGAUUUCAGUGCCUGUAGACCAGCAGCAGGUGCUUGCCAGGCUGCAGAUGCUAGAGCAGCAGGUGGUAGGGGGGGAACAGGCUAAAAACAAGGACCUCAAGGAAAAGCAUAAACGCCGGAAAAAGUAUGCAGAUGAGCGGAGAAUGCAGCUAGUGACUGCGCUGCAGAAAUCUGAUGAGGACAGCAGCGACUGGGUUCUGCUUAAUGUCUACGACUCCAUCCAGGAGGAGGUUCGAGUCAAGAGCAAACUUCUGGAGAAGAUGCAGAAAAAGCUGCAGGCUGCCGAGACCGAGAUCAAAGACCUGCAGUCAGAGUUUGAGCUGGAGAAGAUUGAUUACCUCAGCACCAUCCGCCGGCUGGAGCGAGACUCGAUGCUCUUCCAGCAGCUGAUGGAUCAGGUGCAGUCCCUCAUCCGGCGUGACUGCAACUACAGCAAUCUGGAGAAGAUUAAGCGCGAGUCUGUCUGGGAUGAGGAGGCUGGCUGCUGGAAAAUUCCAGAGCCUGUCAUUCAAAAAACCCACCUGCCCGCAGCAGUUCCAGCACUGCCACAGUCUAAAUCUGCCAGAAAGAGCCCUUCAGCUGAAAGUGGAGAACCAAUGCAAGAGGAAGACCGCUACAAGCUGAUGCUGAACAGGAGUGAGAGCAUUGCCAGCAAUUACUUCAGAUCCAAGCGAGCCAGCCAGAUUCUUAACACUGAUCCAAUGAAGAACCGAGCUCAGCCCACCGCUCCCUCGGGGCUGAACGCCGCUUUGACCAGCACCUCCGCCACGCUACCGCCGCCAGAGCUGCCCCAGCCCCGUCCCUUCCGCCUCGAAUCGCUCGACUUCACGCCGCCGGCCUCCAAAACCACGCGGAAAAGGGGCAAAGGCGGCUUGGGAAGCAACGCUUCCUGACUGCCAGGGCCCCGAGGGACUGCGGGUGCGCGGGGCGCUGCGGGCCCCAACGCUGUAAUUCCGUCCCAACACGGGCAGCGUUGGCUUGGGGCUGGCGAGUGUGUCUGUGCGGUGCGGGCAGCCCUGCGCCUGGCCCUCUGCUGCUCUCCUCGUCCCUCUCGGUCCCCUCUCCUGCUCUGACCCCGCUCCCCGGGAGGGGGGCGGAAAGCGGCGGGGCCGGGCCCCGAAC